CCAACGUUCAGGCUGUGCACCGAAAUACUCAAUAGCCCGCCGCCGUCUUCAAUUGUCGUAAUGAAUUCUUAAGGGGAAACCCUCUCAAACUUUGUUCCCACCAAGAGAGUUUGGGCCGUGUCAGCCCAAUCCCGCCGAAUCUUCUCCUUGGCAACACUCCAGACCUCGCCCGCUCGACUACGGAUCCCUCUAGAGUCUGUCUGCGCUGUGCUGCUUGGUCUGCAUGCUGCUCUCUGCAAACUGCCCACACUCACGCUCUCUGACCAGUCAACCCACACAGAACUCAAUCAGCCAUACCUACCUAGGCAGCCAGCCAGCCUGACUCCAACGCCUGGACUGCCAUCCCCAUCCCCGCCUGCCUCUUUCUAGACUUGCCCAGUGCCGUUCAUACCGUACCGCGACGCACCACCAGCAGUAGCACCACCACAACGACCAUCCCGGACCGGGACACGACUGAGCAACAGUCCACACCCAGCGACUUGACGCUCGCUAUUUUACCUUACUUUCCCGCGACUCUGUGCUCCUGCGACUUGCCUUCCAACCUUACCAAGUGCAGUCCGGCUUGGCCCCAUUCGCCCGCUUAACGCGCCCAGUCGAAACCGCCGACAACAUCCAGCUAAACCGCUCGGCCAGUCCUUUUUUCCUUCCAACAUCAACCACCAACCCCCCCCCCCCCCCCCCCCCAACCCUCCGUCAUUCAACCCAAACCGCACCCCCACGACCGACUGCAUCGCCUUCCUUUCCGAGUCAACAUCGCUCCCUGCCCGCCAUGGACUCCCAGUGGCAGCAGGGCUAUGCCGACUCGGCCGGCUCUGCGAGGAGAUACAAUGGCAGCGGUGCCCAGGUGCCCCGGGGAGAGUACAACGGGCAACCAGGCCCGCAAGGUCAGCAGCCGCCUGCCGGCUUCAAGUACGACCAGUACCAAAGCCCUGGCGGCAUGCCUUCUCACGCCGCCAGCGCUGCCACAUCGCCAAUGUCCACGCCCCAGAUGCGCGAUAACAACGGCGAUGUUCCCAUGCACGAUGCCCAGGACUCGUAUACAGGCAUGAAAUAUCCCAUGAGACCUCAUCACCAGUCUCACCUCUCCGGGAGCCGCUCGUCUACUCUCUAUUCGCCCCAGGAGCCAUCUGCUGCAGCCCAACGAUACUCGCCGAUGGAAGCCCUGUCCCCCACUUCGCCCUACGCGCCAAAAUCCGCCCAAGGCCAGUUCGCUUCUCCCCCGGGCCAACGACAGUCUCCCACAAGGCAGUCCGAGUACAUGCCUCAGAGCCCUCACUACGGUGGUCGCCAGCAACCUCCCCAACUCCCUCCGAUCGCGCCGUACGGCGCGGCUCAUGAUGGCUACCCUUCAGCCGUCGUUGCCAACAUCGAUGGCGCUUUUGCCGGCGAUCCCAAGUCGCCGCGCCGCCCGAUCCCGCAGCCCAUGCCCAGAGGGCCUGCCCCUGAAUUCAGGCAAUGCAGAGCUCCGACCGAUCUUCGACCCAAGGUCAACGCCCAGCCUCCCUUCCGGCGUGCGAACCCCGAAGGAGGCUUUAUCAGCCCCCUCCAAGCCCUGACGGUGCACCUCCCUGCCACCUACAGGAUAUGCAACCCGAACUUCAAAUACGAGUCGUCGCGUAAUCCUCGCCGUGUUCUGACCAAGCCGAGCAAGGGCGUCAAAAACGAUGGGUACGACAACGAAGACAGCGACUAUAUCCUCUACGUCAACGAUAUUCUGGGCUCAGAAGAGGCCGGCCAUAAGAAUCGGUAUCUUAUUCUCGAUGUUCUGGGCCAGGGCACCUUCGGACAAGUUGUCAAAUGUCAAAACCUCAAGACGCAGGAAGUGGUCGCCGUCAAGGUCAUCAAGAACCGCACUGCGUAUUUCAACCAGAGCAUGAUGGAGGUGUCGGUUCUGGACUUGCUCAACACCAAGCUCGAUAAGAACGAUGAUCACCACCUUUUGCGACUCAAAGACACCUUCAUCCAUCGCCAACACUUGUGCCUGGUCUUCGAGCUUCUUAGCGUCAACCUGUACGAGUUGAUUAAGCAGAACCAGUUCCGGGGUCUCAGCACGACCCUCGUCCGUGUUUUCGCUCAACAACUCCUCAACGGUCUGGCGCUCUUGAACAAGGCGCGGCUCAUCCACUGCGACUUGAAGCCCGAGAACAUCCUACUUAAGAACCUCGAGAGCCCCAUAAUCAAGAUCAUCGAUUUCGGUUCCGCAUGCGACGAACGGCAAACGGUCUAUACCUAUAUUCAGUCCAGAUUCUACCGAUCCCCAGAGGUUCUGCUGGGCUUGCCGUACUCGUCGGCCAUAGACAUGUGGUCUCUCGGCUGCAUUGUCGUAGAGCUGUUCCUCGGUCUUCCACUGUUCCCAGGCUCCUCCGAGUACAACCAGGUUUCACGAAUCGUUGACAUGCUCGGAAACCCGCCGAAUUGGAUGAUUGAGAUGGGCAAGCAAGCCGGCGAAUUCUUUGAGAAGAGGCAGGACGAGUUUGGUCGGCGGACGUACCAAUUGAAGAGCAUGGAGCAGUACGCUCGGGAACACUCGACCAAGGAGCAACCGAGCAAAAAGUAUUUCCAAGCCAACACACUGCCGGAGAUCAUCAAAUCAUACCCCAUGCCCCGGAAGAACAUGAAGCAGAGUGAGAUCGACAGAGAAAUGAACAACAGAAUCGCCUUCAUCGACUUUGUCAGAGGACUGUUGAACAUCAACCCCUUGGAGCGUUGGUCGCCGCAGCAAGCCAAGUUGCACCCGUUCAUCACCCAGCAGAAGUUCACUGGGCCGUUUGUGCCACCCAUGAACUUAAAGUCCAGCUCUCUCAACAGGUCUCCGGCUCCUGGCACGCAACAGCAGCAGCAGGCCGAAGCAUUGAGCAAGCAGAGAGCGCAGGCAGCCCAAGCACAGGCGAACUCUGCCGCACAGGGAGCUUACGCCCAGAUGGCGGCUCAAUAUCAACAACCUGCACACUCUCAGCAGCCGCCCAUCUACAACAACCAGCAAAUGUACUCGCCGAGCAGCAGUCACGCCGCCCAACCCCCACCAUACGGGGCCCAGCAAGGUGCCUAUGGCCUCAUGACGCAACAGCCGGCGCAAAUGCCUCCUGGACCUUAUGGCAGCAGUACGGCCCAACAACAACAACAACAACAACAACAACCACAACCACAACCACAACAACAACAACAACAACAACAACCUGGCCUAUAUCCCCAGCAAGGAAUGCGACCGGCCCGCCAACGUGCUUCGACCAUGGAGCAACAGCAAAGUGGUAUCCCCGCCGCCAUCCAGCGCGUCGCUAGUCACCUUGACCCGAGCCAGCCGAUUCGCCUGCAGCCUAGCCCAGCCUACUAUCCCCCUCCAACGGACGGCGGUAUGGCUGGUAUGGAAAAUGCGGCUCAGCGAGCAGGCAGACGCGGAAGUCGCGUACAGCAAGGAGGAAGAGGCAACCGGGAUUUCAUCCGCAACCUCGAGGAGAGAACGCUUGAGGAGGGCUUUAUGGGAAACCAGAACCCUUGGCAUUGAUGUUUUGAACGACUUUAACCACAAAGAGCCGGAAAAUCUCGACCCCAAGCACCUCUUCAAAUUCACAUGCGUUGGCGGGUGUCUCUUCCGUCGCCUAAACAGCUUUGGGUGGCGCCAUUUCAGACAGUCACGAGAGAUGGCUGCAGUACUACUCCCGAACCAGGGCGAUGACAGCAGGGGGUGGGACCCUGAGCUGCCAGGUCGCAACUGGAUUAAUGUAAGAUACCCGACCUUGAAGGAGCGGAUCCGUCGAGACUGCCAUAUAAGACCUGCUGCAAGGGGCCAUCUAAGGAAAUGCGGCUUUCAUGCCGGGCUGGAGCGGGACGACGGGACGACGCGACUACACACGGAUGGGAGCUUUGAUGGGAUGAUGCACCAGGAAAGGGGAAUGGGGAAGGGGGGUAUCAUUGA